UAAUGCAGUGAUUUCCCUGCUCUAAUUCCUCUUCACAGAGACAAGAAGAAACAAAGAAAGAAUCACAACUUCGAAAUCAAUCAAGUCUUCAUUCUUCAUUCUUCCUUCUUCGUUUCACGCCCGCAAACUGUUCGAUCAAUUGCCGCUUCGAAAUUGCAACUCUAAUUUCACUGGCUAUCGUCUUCUUGAAUUGAAUCGUUAGGGCUCUGAGAGAAGCUGACAAAACAAUCGAAUCGAAAAUGCCGUCGCUGCAAACCGCGCUGCCUCCUGAGCUCGCCAACAAUGCCAUUAGACUCUACCGCGAGUGCCUUCGAAGAGCCAAGUAUAUUGGUCACAAGCAACAUAAUACGGAACUCCUUGUCGACAUGGUUAGGCAGCAGUUCAAGAGACACAUGCAUGAGAAGGAUCCGGAGAAAAUUCAGAAGCUAAAGGACGAUGCGGCAAGGGGGCUUAUAAAUCACAUGCUAUAUGAGUCUGAGAGUGUAUCCGGUCGUAAAUUUAGUAAAAACACUUGAUGAUGUUGGAAUUUGCCUUCAACAGAUUUGACUUCGUAUGGCUGAUGGUGUUUUCACAGCGAAAAGAGUAAUAAUGACAACAGUAGCUCCCUUUCGACUUCCCAUGUUGUGGGGAUUUCAGUUAUGCUUGUGAAAUUUGUGACUUUUUUUUUUCCUUCUUUGAGCUUCAUGUAAUUUACAAUUGAUUGUUUAUUAUUGCAGUUUUGAUCAUCCAA